AUGCGGGCCAAAACCGCUACCGCGUCUCGCUCGCGCCCAGACGCGGCGGCGCCCCUGCACCUCGUCUUCGUGCCGUUCCUCGCGCGCAGCCACUUCGCCCCGCUGGCGGCCGCCGCCGCCGCCGCCGCGGCCACAUGCGGCGGCAAUGGCACCACCAGCGCGGUCAUCGUCACCACGCCCUACUUCGCGGCCCUCGCGCCGCCCUCCGUUCUGGUCCGCAUGGUGCCGCUCCGCUUCCCGGGCGGACACGCGGACUUCUCCCUGCUCCCGGACGAAGCAUCUGCGGCGGCGUUCUUCGCCGCCGCGGAGGCCGCACUGGCGCCGGCUCUCGCGGAGACCAUCCUCAACAACACAUACAGGCCCGUGGCCGUCGUCUCGGACGCCGUGCUCCACUGGGCGCCCCGCGUCGCCCGCCGGUGCGGCGUCCCGCACGUGACGUUCCACACCAUCGGGGCAUUCGCGGCGGCGUCCAUGCUCGCGGUACACCUCCACGGCCCCGAGGCCUUAUCUGACCCCGCCGUCGUCCCCGGCGGCUUCCCCGUACCCGUGAGCCUCCGCGGGGUCCACGUCAACGAGGAGGCUCUGGCGCACCUCCCCCUCUUCCGCGCGGCCGAGGCCAAGAGCUACGCCGUCGCCUUCAACAGCUUCGCGGCGCUCGAGGCCGACUUCGCCGAAUACUAUCGAACUGUCGAUGGCUCUUCCAAGAAGGUGUUCCUCGUCGGUCCCAGACGCCCCGGCACCCCGCGCAGCGAAGCCGCUGCCGCCGCCGGCGCAGAGCGAGACCCCAUCCUGCGGUGGCUGGACGACCAGGAAGCCGGGUCGGUGGUGUACGCCUGCUUCGGCAGCACGUGCGGCCUGAGCGCGGACCAGCUCAAGGAGCUGGGCGCCGGGCUGCACGCGUCCGGCGUGCCGUUCCUCUGGGUGAUCCCGACGCCGACGGAGGGUAUCGGCAUGGAGGAGCGCGCGUCCGGGCACGGCAUGGUGGUGGCCGGGCGGUGGGCGCCGCAGGCGGAGAUCCUGGCGCACCGCGCGGUGGGCGGCUUUGUGAGCCACUGCGGGUGGAACUCGGUGCUGGACGCCGUCUGCGCCGGCGUGCCGCUCGCGACGUGGCCGCUGCGCGCCGAGCAGUUCCUGAACGAGGCGUUCCUCGUGGACGUGCUCCGCGUCGGCGUCCGGGUGAGGGAGGUGGCCAGCAAGGAGGACGUGGAGGCAGUGGUGCCGGCCGACGCGGUGGCGACCGCCGUGGGAAAGCUUGUCGGUGACAGUGAGGAUGAUGAGGCGGCGGCUAGGAGGGCGAGGGUGCGGGAGCUCGGCGUCGCGGCGCGUGCUGCCAUGGCUGAAGGUGGGUCGUCGUGCAGUGACUGGGCACGGCUUGUGGGUGAGCUCAGGGCGUUACACGGGUACAAAUGA